AUGCCACCAGAAUACCCCACCUCUCCGCCAGCAACGUCGCACUAUCAAUCGGCACCUCGAACAUCAACGAAACGGCCUACGAAUCCAGGCCCUGUUGGCCGAGGCAUCAAGAAGGAUACCUGUUCAGCCCAUCAAAUGGCGGAUGUGGACAGCAUAUAUGCGUCCGAUGACGCUUCGGAUGUCAGCGCUGUGCCUCCCCUACAAGCAACGGCUAUGAGCGAUCCCCUCUUGUCCUCAGCACUUAGUGACGACCACUCUGGACUACGCUUAGACGACAGUCGUCUGGAAUCUCUCUCGCGCGCAAGCUCUCUGCUGGGUGAUAUCUUGACUGAAGAGCUAGACUUCAACCCGGAUGGCAUAUUUGAUACCCUAGGUCCCACCCCUCCUAAUACUGACGACGAAGACACCAUGGAGGACUUGCCACAGCUGAACCAAGACCCACUGUUUCAGGGGAGUGACGCGCUCUUCGAAAGGAUCUUGGACUCUGGCUCAGACGACCUAGCCCCGGACGCUUCAAUUCCCCCUGCUUUUGACGAAGAUCCGGUCAUCCGGAAUGCCUACAUCACGGCGUAUCUCCUCUCUGCGUGCCACGGAUACACACAAGAGGGAAUCAAGGCCUACCUGGACUCCAUGCACGAGUCUUUCACCGCAUUGCAAAGAAAGGGAAAGUACGAGGAGUUUCAGCACUGGAGGUUACCGGGGCUUGACGACGUCGGAGAGGUUCCGCCCCUCAACGAACCUCGCGACCCUCUGGAUGCCUUCAAUAAUGUAAACUGGGUAAUGGGCGACAUUACUAAUGGCUGGGGCUGGCGUGCAGUGUCGUGGGGUUGGGAACGUCGGAAGGUGAGCAGCGCUGUGUCUUUGUGGGGAGUAGAAGAUGUGUUGGUAGAGGAGAAACAGCAGCGAUUUGUCUCGUUGCCAUGCGGUCUGCUUUUCUCCAUCAAUAUAGACUGGUUUUCUCCGACGAAACGAUCGCGCGCGUACUCUACAGGCGCGAUUUAUGUUACGAUUCUCAACAACCCGAGAUCCAAACACUUCUUACCACAGGAAACUAUACUAUACUGUGUAAUACCUGGCCCACAAGAACCAACCUUGGAGCAGCUGAAUCACAUCACAGAACCACUAGUCGAAGAGCUGUGGGCACUAUACGAGGGUGUUACCAUGCGCAUCCAUGGGGAACCAGAUAAUCAGCAGUUCCCAGUGAACAGCAUGCUGUAUAUCAACACUUCGGACAUCCCUGCGAGCCGAAAGAUUACGGGUCUCCAGGCAUUCUCGAUGCGAGACAAGCGACGGUUCCGCAAGUAUGCAUAUCGGUGGAGGGACGCGAGCACUGAAGAGCGCGAGAGAAUCGAGAUCGAGUGUGGGAUCUUGGUUGUUGGCAGGAUGCUGACACGUUGGAGCCGGAUGAACAAUCCUUAUGAGAAACUCGAGACCUUCUUAGGGAGCAUCUGGUGGCCCUCUACAAUUGGCAGAGUGCCCGCUAAGAUAUCAGGGACAUUAAAGGCCGACCAAUGGUGGAACUUCGCAACAGUUCUGCCUGUCGCACUUUAUUAUGCAUGGCAGCAGAAUGGCAAGAUCCCGGAUUGUGAUUUGCCUAGACCUGCUCCCAAAUCUAAAGCCGGUGCUGCCUUCGCAAAGACUGAGAAGCUGCUGCGAGAACAUCACAAGGCUUAUCAUAUGCAUGUUGCGCGGCAGUUGGGUAGGACUAUAGUUGCGGCACACUUUGAGGAGGAUGACAUCUCUAUGGAUCGGAAUUACCAGUGUCAUUUCAAGGCUGUUCUUGAUGCAUGCUCCGCCAUCCGCAUCUGGACAGCCCAGUCAAUAACACCCAACAAAGCACGGCGGCCGGUUCAUGGGUUCUGGCUAUUUGGGCCAGAACCAAACAAUGGACACCUUGUCAAGGUUAACACAAAUGGACAUACAGGAGGUGAACUUGAAGGUACCAUGAUGCAGAGUUGGAUCAAGAACAUAUUGAUCCAUGACCUGGUACGCAUGAUCGAAGAGCUUGAUGAGCAAAACAAAGAGGACUUGGUUGCCAUCCGGAAACUCAAGAAUUAUUUGAAGGGCUGGCAGGGAUCCAAUGGAUCUGAUGAAGUUGAACUACCGCCUCGAGGUAAACGCAUUAACCUCAAUAUGAUCCAAAUUAAUGGCACAUCGUUAUAUGGUCUCAUUUUCAAUUAUCUGCAGAUACUCUGGAAUUCACAGCAAGCCGGCAAGCCAUUUGUUGCGACUGCGGUGCAAUCCUUCUCCCAUGCCCACGUGAAUGGCAUACAGUUUGGGGCUUGCACUUCAUACAGAGGGAAGGGUAUCUCGUUUGCAUACAUGGAUGGCAGGAUAGCUGUGCAAAUCCAGCAUAUCCUAUCAGUGAAACACGAGUGCCGUGAUCCGCGCUUAGCAGCAUUGUUAACUGCCUUCGCAAUUGUCAAAUGCUUAUGA